UUGUACGUGCUUGCUUGAUGCUCUUGUAGCGUGGUGACUGCCUGACUCGCCUCAGCCGGCGCUCACCUCAUGCACGCCCGCCAUGGCGCAGGUGCGACGCAACAACCUCCGUCCGUGCAUACGACGCCUCCUGCUGCCACUUCUCGCCGUGACGGCCGUCUCCGCGGGAGGCUCGCCGGUGACGAGCGGCGAUCUGUACGCGCUCUCCAAGCUCAAGUCCUCCCUGCUCUCCCGCAGCGCCCGCAACAGCACCUCGCUCGCCGACUGGGACGUCGCGACGCCGCCGCCGCCAUCGUCGUCCCCGGCGGCGAGCCAUCAUUACUGCAACUUCUCCGGGGUCACCUGCGAUGCCUCCGGCAACCGCGUCGUCGCCAUCAACCUCACCGGCGUCCCUCUCCACGGAGGCGUGCUCCCAACCGAGGUCUCGCUGCUCGACGCUCUCGCCAGCCUCACCGUCGCCGCCUGCUCCCUGUCGGGCCCCAUCCCCGCAUCGCUCGCCUCGAUGCCUCUCCUCCGGCACCUCAACCUCUCCACCAACAACAUCUCCGGCCUCUUCCCGUCCGGACCGGAACCCUACUUCCCCUCCGCGGAGGUGAUCGACGUCUACGACAACAGCCUCACCGGACCCCUGCCGCCUUUCGGCGGCGGCAGGUUGCGGCACCUGGACCUUGGAGGGAACUACUUCUCGGGCGGAAUACCCGAGGAGUACGGCGACCUCAAGCGGCUCGAGGUCCUCGGGCUCGGCCUCAAUUCGCUAUCCGGCCGUGUGCCACCGUCACUGUCGAGGCUCAAGAGAUUGCGGGAGAUGUAUCUGGAGUACAACUCGUUCGACGGUGGCAUCCCGCCGGAGCUCGGCGAGCUCGAGGCCCUCGUGCUGCUUGCCAUGGUAAACUGCAGCCUCACAGGGCCUAUCCCUCCGGAAAUCGGCCGCCUCACUGGGCUCGAAGCACUCUACCUCCAUUGGAACAACUUGGUCGGGGAAAUCCCGGCCGAGCUCGGCAGCCUCACCAGACUGAAGACUCUGUACCUCUAUUCGAACAGCUUGGUAGGGGGAAUCCCGGCCGAGCUCGGCAACCUCAUCAGACUGGAGACUCUGUACCUCUAUUCGAACAGCUUGGUAGGGGAAAUCCCGGCCGAGCUCGGCAACCUCAAGAACCUCAUGAACAUCGACCUCUCCCUCAACGAGCUUACCGGCGAGAUACCGGCAAGCUUCGCCGGCCUAACCAGACUCAAACUGCUCAAUCUGCUUGGAAACGAACUCCAAGGUGUGAUUCCAGAAUUCGUUGGGGAAUUACCUCAGCUGGAAAUCCUCCAAGCAUGGGAAAACAAUCUCACUGGGGAGCUCCCGGCCAACCUGGGCAAGAACGGCAGGCUGCUGAGGCUGGAUGUCACGGACAACCGGCUCACCGGCGCCAUACCGCCCAGCCUCUGCGCCGGGAGGCGGCUUCAGUUUCUCUUUCUGAUGCGGAACAAGCUUUCUGGGCCAAUCCCCGAAGACCUCGGGAACUGCAAGACGCUUACCAAAGUUCGCCUGAACAGCAACUUGCUCAAUGGAUCCAUUCCGGCCGGCCUUCUUGAUCUCCCCAUGAACAACAUGCUGGACUUGAGCGAUAACUUGCUCUCAGGCGAGCUCCCGGAGGUGAUCCCCAGUGCCGGGCUGGGCUUUUUGUCAGUGGCGUCCAACAGGUUAUCCGGUCCUGUGCCGCCGGAGAUCGGCCACCUCAAGAAGCUGUCCUUGCUCAACUUCAGCGCCAACGCGCUCACCGCCGGCGUCCCGGGAGAGCUCAGCCACUGCGAGUCGCUGACCGUGCUGGACCUCAGCCGCAACCAGCUCGCCGGUGAGAUACCAGCAGAGAUCACGAAUCUGAAGGUUCUGACAAUGCUGAACCUGUCGAGGAACAGCAUCUCCGGCGAGCUUCCCCUGGAGAUCAGUAAGAUGAUCAGCCUCGGCGUCCUCGACGUGUCCUACAACAACCUCAGUGGCCGUGUGUUACAGUCGCAACUUCAGGGAGUGUUCGCCGUCUCAGACGCGACAGAUUUUGAAGGCAACCCUGGCCUCUGUGUGGAGCGCGUCACUGCCGCCUCGUGCUCCCGUCUGCAGCGUUCGCGGCGGCGAGACGACAAGACAUGGACGAUGCCGCUGUGGAUUGUGCCGGCCGUCAGCGCCGUGGCGGCGGCCAUGGCCGUGUACCUUGGACUAAGGUGGCGGGAGGAGGCGAGGCGGCGGCCUGCGGCUUGGAAGAUGACGAGGUUCCAGAACCUGGACCUGGAAAUGGACGACGUGCUCGGGUGCCUCAGGGAGGAGAACAUCGUCGGAAGGGGCGGCGCAGGCACCGUGUACCGCUGCGCGACACGCAGCGGCGCGGAGGUCGCCGUCAAGCGCCUCCGGGGCCCCGGCCGCCGCGACCACGGCUUCCGGGCGGAGGUGGCCACGCUCGGCGGCGUCCAGCACCGCAACAUCGUGCGGCUGCUCGGCUUCGCGUCGGGCGCGGAGGGGAGCCUGCUGCUGUACGAGUACAUGCCGGCGGGGUCGCUGGGCACAGUCCUGCACGGCGAGCGCGGCGCGCUGCUGGGCUGGGGCGCCAGGCUCCGCGUCGCCACCGAGGCGGCGCGAGCGCUGUGCUACCUGCACCACGAGUGCAAGCCGAGGAUCCUGCACCGCGACGUCAAGCCCAGCAACAUUCUGCUGGACUCCGCGAUGGAGGCGCACGUCGCCGACUUCGGCCUCGCCAAGUUCCUCCGCCGCGGCGCGUCCGGCUCCGGCGCUGUGGCGGCGGCGGAGUGCGUGUCGGUCGUCGCCGGCACGUACGGGUACAUCGCCCCCGAGUACGCGUACACGCUGCGGGUGGACGAGAAGACGGACGUGUACAGCUUCGGCGUGGUGCUGCUGGAGCUGGUCACGGGGCGCCGCCCGCUCGGCGACUUCGGCGACGAGAUCGACCUCGUCCACUGGGCCCGGAGCGCCGUGCCGAGGCCGUCGGACGCCACGGCAGUCCUGGCCGUGGCCGACCCACGGCUGCCGCCGGAGCCGGCCGGCCUGAUCGCGGGGCUCUUCAGGGUGGGCAUAUCGUGCGUCCGCGAGAGCAGCCAGGCGCGACCCACCAUGCGCGAGGUCGUGCACGUCCUCUCCAGCUUCGUACCACCAGCUGCCGACCCGUCCCACUCGACGUCGAAGGUUCUAGGAGAAGUCCACUUUGCUGGUAGUGGAUGACAACUUAUGUUGUAAAUAUCUAUUCUCAAGUUGGUUGCAUGUUUAAAUGAAAGAUGAAUGACUACAAAUUUUUUUAGGACUAAGUUUCCAACAAAUUAUCCUAUCUAUAAACUUACAAAGCAGGCACGCUAUUAUUAGUGAG